AUGUUCGACAAGUCCAACAACAUUGACUGGGAGACCCGUGUGGACCGCCAGAUCGAUCUCAUCCUGCUCUGCAUUACCACAGGCAACUACGGUCCCUUCCAUGCCCUCGUUGCCCACAACGUCAUCCAGGGUGCCGACCACUGGACGACAUUCUGCGACAUGCGCAAUGCCUCGCGCGACUACAACAACAGGCCGUCGGAGAACGACCUGAUGCACGUCAGCGUGAACCUCGUGCACAACCUCGAGGAAAAUUUCGACAAGCGGGUCAAGGAAUUCCAGACGCUGUACAAGCGCAACCCCACGCACCACAGACUGGAGCAGGGCGUGGAAGAGCUGCAGCAGUCAAUCCGCCAUCACCACAAGCAAACGUUCGAGCACUCCCGCGAUCAGGGCAAGCACAUCAUCAGGCAGCUCCCUGCCCAUCUGCGCGACGUCGCGUCGAAGCUGUUCACGCUUUCGCUCGAUGCUCCCGGGACCGUCAUCGAGGAGCAGGACCGCUCGGUCAAGAACAUAUACAACACGGUUUUCGACAACCCGAAGAGGCUGCCCAUGAACAUCCAGAAGGCUUUUGCGUCCAACAAGGCCGCCGCUGAUGUCGCCGUCAAGUGGGUGCGCAGCCUCUACCACAGGAGGCACUUUGAGAUGGACGACGAGAGCGAUGCUGGCUCCGACGUCUCCGAGAUGGAGGAGCUGAUCGCCGACGUCUUGCCCGAUCUCGAUUCAAGCGUUCAGCGCCUGACAUUCAGGAAGACGGAGCUCGGCUGGAAGAUCUCUGACAUGGUUAGAUAG